AUGGCAAACAAGGAGGCAAGACAUGGGCUAAGGCCAAGACCCGAUCAUCCUGGGCUGGUCUGCAAUUCUCCAUUGGUCGUGUUCUCCGCCUGCUCAGGAAGAGAAACUAUGCCAAGCAGGUUGGGGCCGGAGCUUCCAUCUAUCUGA